AUGGCUUCAUCCUCACCAAUAGCAUCCGCCUUCUCCUGGCCGGGUAAAGAGAACAAUCCAAACUCGACCAUCCAGCCGUACGGCUACAUCGCCACGGCCGUCUUGGUCAUCAUCUUCUCUCUCUUACUCAAAGUCUCCAAGCACGAUGACCUCCCCCUCUUCCAACCAACACCCAAAUGGUUCCGCCCAACGUUCCUAGCUCAGAUGGACUUCUUCAAAACCGGAAAGGAUCUCAUUGCGAAAGGCAGAGCCACCUUGCCCGACAAACCCUACAAGGUCCUCUCAGAAAGUGGAGAAAUUCUUGUUCUGCCCCCUCGUUUCGCCAACGUCAUUCGCAACGAGGAGGGAUUGGACUUUGGGGCUGUGAUUAGGCGGGACCUCCAUGGCAAGAUCCUAGGCUUCCAGCCUUUUGGCUUUGUGGAUGACGACAAGAAGAUUAUCCAAGUAGUUGCUCGCAAGCAAUUGACAAAGUCACUCAACACCAUCACCGAACCACUCUCUCUCGAAACCGCAUUCGCAGCAAACCUCAUCUUCGGCGAAUCUCAAGAAUGGCACCAACUCCCCCUAAAAGACACAAUCCUCGACCUCGUAGCCCGCCUCUCCUCCCGCGUCUUCCUCGGCCCAGAUCUCUGCCGCAACGAAGACUGGCUCCGCAUCACAAAGGAAUACACCGUCCUCUCCUUCACCGCAGCCUUCAAACUCCGCGCCGUGCCCCUCCGCCUACGCCCUUUACUCCACUGGUUCUCCGCAGACUGCAGACGCGCGCGCGAGUCCCUCGCCGAGGCCCAGAAGCUCAUCGCACCCGUCAUCGAGAAGCGGCGCGCGGAGAAACGGGCCGCCACCGCCGCUGCUGCUGCUAGAAAUCAAGACUCCGUGGCGCCGGUGUCGAAUGAUGCUAUUGAGUGGGCGGAGGAUGAGGCGCAGGGAGGGGCGUAUGAUGCUGCUAUUUUCCAGCUUACGCUUUCGUUUGUGGCUAUUCAUACUACGACGGAUCUUCUCGCGCAGACGCUCAUCUACUUGGACAAGGAGCCGGAGCUCAUCGGACCCCUGAGAGCUGAGAUUGUGGAGGUCCUGAAGGCAGAGGGAUGGAAAAAGAGCGUGCUGUACAACAUGAAGCUCCUAGACAGCGCCAUCAAGGAGACGCAAAGAAUGAAGCCCGUCUCCAUGCUCCUCAUGCGCCGCCUCGCCACCAAAGACGUCACCCUCCCAGACCACAACAUCGCCAUCCGCCGCGGCCAAACCGUCUCCGUCGACAGCUACAGCUCCAUCGACCCAAACGUCUACCAACACCCCGAGACCUACGACAUCCACCGCUUCCGCCGCAUGCGCGAGCAGCCCGGCGGCGCCAACAAAGCGCAGCUCGUGACGACGAGCCCCGAGCACCUGGGUUUCGGCCACGGACAGCACGCGUGCCCCGGCCGGUUCUUCGCUUCGAACGAGGUGAAGGUCGUGCUGUGCCAUUUGCUGUUGAAGUAUGAUUGGAAGCUGGCGCCGGGGUCGCCUUCGGAUCCUGUUAUUGUGGGUGCGUCUAUGAAUGUUAACCCGAAGGCUGUGGUUAUGGUCAAGAGGAGGGUGGAGGAGUUUGAUAUUAAUGAUCUUGGGUUUGGGGACUUGGAUUCUUGA